AUGUCCAACACAUUCAAGUAUUUCUACCAAGGUAAGAAGACCGAUUUCAUCGUUUUCGUAAGCUCUGAGGAGGCAGUCAAGAACUACGUCAAGAACAACGAAACGAUUAACCUACCGGAAAUGACCAAAGUCGUGGAGGUGUUCCACGUGUACACGAACGACGACGGGAGGGGCAACGAGGGUGAGCUUGGCGAGGCCUCCAAUGCGCAGAUCGCGUUUGAGUUCGACGGUAACAAAAACGAGGAACAGGCUAUCGACGCUAUAUUGAGGAAUGGUCGCUACGCCGGUGAGGAGCGCAAUUUCAAGUACAAGGAAAGGUUCCAGAAAUGA